AUGGCAAAAUCAAUAGUCGUCAUUGGCGGCGGUAUAGUUGGUAGCAGUACAGCAUACUACUUAAGCAAGCACUCAGGAUACACGCCGGGAAAAGAUAAGAUAACAAUCUUGGAAUCGACGUCAGUAGCGUCUGCAGCAUCCGGUAAAUCUGGCGGAUUCCUGGCGGAAGAUUGGCAUGGUCCGGAUACAGCCAGUCUAGCUGAACUCUCCUUUAGUCUCCAUAAGGAGCUCGCAGAUACGUACGAUGGUGUCAAUAACUGGGAGUAUCGACCAGUAAAUGCACUCAGUUUACUGGGACAAGUCGGACCAAAGAAGGGGAAACUCGACGAAUCUAAAAAGAAAGGCGCACAUUGGCUGAAUGAUAACAUUGUCGAUAAAUGCACCGUAAUGGGCACACCACCUAGCACCGCACAAGUUACGCCGGAAGCACUUGUCAAAACCCUCGCAGAGCACAGCAAAGCUGAUAUUGUGAUAGCUUCGCCUGUGAAGAUUAGUAGAGAUAACGACGGAAAAAUUUCAUCGGUCAGAGCUGAAACGAGGGAAGGGGACAACAUAGAGAUAUCUGCAACAGAUAUCGUAUUGACUGCUGGUCCUUGGACGGGAAGAGUAGCGGAAAAAUUACUCACACCAGCCGAAGCCAAGAAAUGUCGAGUUGACGGACAAAGAGCACACUCAAUUAUCGUUAGUCAAGGCAGAGAACUCAGCAACCACUGUUUGUUCACCAUGGUCAAAGAGAGAUCAACGACCCAUGAGCCUGAGAUAUACUGUAGACCAAAGGGUACAGCAUAUAUCUGUGGAGCAGGUGAUAGUGUAGCUCUCCCAGAUGAUGCCUCUCAAGUUGUGCCUUCUAAAAGUGCAAUCGCAGAGCUUAAAGCCCAAUCUGCGUUGAUCUCUGACUACUUCAACGAGACAAUGUCAGUUGAAAAGGAGCAGGCAUGUUAUUUACCAAUAUCAUCAUCACAUUCACCAAUUAUCGGUAAGGUCAGUGAAGGAAUCUACAUCGGAGCAGGACAUUCCGUAUGGGGUAUCACUAAUGGACCUGGCACCGGUAAGGUUCUAAGUGAGGUUAUCUUGGAUGGAAAGGCGAUUUCCUGUGAUAUAAGCCAUCUCAAGCCACGUUAG